AUGGCAGGUAUGCAGCAGCUGAAAAGAAGUCAAUGGUCUAACCGGUCCGACCGGUCCGACCAUGGUCUCGAGAAAUUGUCAGACCAGACCAAGUCUUGGCGGUCUAGACCAGACCAAGACCAACACAGACCAGACCAUUCCGAUCACUGGCUCCAUCCAGCCUAUCGCUGGGACUGGUUUGCUGAGACGUGGUCACAUAAGCCUAGUUGGGUAACAAAGGCAAAACAGAUGGUUGCCGAUGUCUGGUUAUCGGACUACGCCCACCUUGAGGUUGGAACUACCAGCAGCAGAAGUGACGAUGAGCCACCAGCUAAACGGUCUCGGUUUUUCAACCCAUUUGAGAAGAACAGUCGUCUGCCAAGCUCAACACCAGCCUACGCAACAACUAUAAUGGGCGACGAGUACCAGGCGUGGCAGACGGAUCGUGAGGUAGGUGACAGCAAUGUCCGUGAUCCAAUCCGUUACUGGAUCACGAAGAAAGGCAGAUAUCCCCGAUUGUCCAGAAUGGCGUUGGACUUCCUGACGAUUCAGCCAAUGUCAGCGGAAUGUGAGAGGCUAUUUUCAGCAGCUGGCAAAAUGGUCUCGGCAUUGCGUACAGACCUGGAUGCUGAGAUUAUCGGAAUCUGUCAGGUUUUACGUUCUUGGUAUCGUGCCGGCCUCAUCAAGGACCUGGAUCCAUUGCUUCACUCGCAUGUUGAGGCUCAGCUAGAUGGGGUUUACGCGACUCUGAGCGACAAUGAACUGACACUUGCCGAGUCCAAGUGGUUACGGGAUGGCGAGGACAGCGCCAGCGAGGGAGGUGAUACAGUGCUGCAGCAGCCGGAAGAUGAUGGUUUCGAGCCUUGUGCUUUGAGGAGGUCUCCCGGCCAGAUACAUAUUGCUUUCGCUGGUGCAAGAGUCUUUAGAGAUGAGGACAACCAGCUCCGAAAGCUUGUUCUAGGCAUUCCGGAGCUGGUGGAACGACACUCCGGCGAGAACAUCGCAGCUGAUAUCAUUGACAUCAUUCGCUCGUUCGGUACUGAGGAUAAGGGCCGUUACUUCACCCUCGACAAUGCGGCGAACAACGAUACGGCGAUGCGCGAGAUUGCGCAAGAGCUGCACUUCGAUGCGGUGAGAUGGCGCGUUCGAUGCGUCGGCCACAUUCUCAAUCUCGUCGUCAAGUCCCUUCUGUUCGAGAAAGAUGUCGAGGCGUUUGAGGACACCGUUGCCAAGGGCGAAGCAUUGGCAAGGGCAGCGCACGACACGUGGGUGCGGAGAGGCCCCGUCGGCAAAGCUCACAACUUCGCCGUUUGGGUCCAUCGGUCGGACGUGCUGACAUUGCUUCGCCAAAUCCAACAAGACUCGUUUGCGGCAGCUGACAACGACGAGAUUGGAAAGCAACGGCCAUUCGACGUGGUCAUUGACAACGAUACCAGAUGGCUAUCCCAGUAUUACAUGAUCAAACGACUGGUACGACUACAGCCUUUUUAUGAAGAGUUUGUUGCCUAG